AUGAAGCGAGUCACCCUUCAAGCCCCUGGCUCCAGGCUGCAGCGCCCAGUCUGCCAAUUCUGCCAAUUCUCCAACGCUGCCCAACGCCGUGCGCUACCCAUCGCCCGAUCCCCAAUCGCUUCCGGAAGUCGCGCUUCGACUCGCGGUCUUGCGCUGCAGUCACAAAGGCGUAGCGUGCGGCCAACUACCAGAGCGCCACUAUUAUCCACGCACCGCUAUGCUUCCAUGUCAUCCACUCGAGAAGUAGCCAUCGAGGAGGUUGUACAGGCAGCAGAGGCCAUGCGUAAUGCAGACCGAGUCCCCGCCAACGAAACAGUGACAAAGUUGCUUGCGAAAUGCGAGAAUAUCGCACAGUCUCUUGUUCUGAGUGAGCAUGACCAACCGGAAAAGACCCCGACGAAUGACGAAGGAAAUGCGAUCUCGUCACUACUGGAUUUGGAAGAGAAGAAGGGACAGGUUGCUAGAGACGGCACCUCAAUUCCAGACCCACGUCUCGCUGAUGAACUCUCGCGCAUUGCUACAGAAAUAGUGAAGGACGAGAAGGUCUUUAUCAAUGAAGAGGCGCUGGAAAGCUACACCAAGACACAAACGCUGCUGCGACGGGCAGAGCAUUUCCCCGAGGUCUUCCACCUCUUCGCCAACAAGCCUGUGCCCGAGGAGAACAGUGCACCCCCGAAAUUCCUCAAGGCGAGCCCCAAGAGCGUCAACAGUGCAAUCCCUGCAGACCUGGCAAAUAUGGCCCUAGAUGUGGCUAUUUCGCAAAAGAAUCUUUCUCUGGUCUUGGCCAUCAUCGACAACACCUUCUGCGCACCCGCUUUCCACCGUGCUAAGGUAUUCAAGAAGGCCGGUGUUCCUUUGGGUGGACUGGCCGCGGCCCCUAUGGCAUGUUACGCUCUCGCCUCAUGGGCAGCCACAAUUCAGAAUACUAUGGACCCUAGCACCGCAACAGGAAUUGCCUUUGCUGCGUCCUUGGCAUAUGUUGGUGGGACGUCUUCCAUGGGAAUUUUGGCAAUCACUACCGCCAACGAUCAGAUGGAGCGUGUGACCUGGUUGUCAGGCAUUCCCUUGCGUCAGCGCUGGCUACGGGAGGAGGAGCGCGCUGCUAUGGAUAAAGUUGCUGUCGCAUGGGGCUUCAAGGACCCCUACAUGCGUGGUGAGGAAGUAGGAGAGGAAUGGGAAAGUCUGCGCGAGUUUAUCGGUAUGCGUGGUAUGAUAUUGGAUAAGACUGAGUUGAUGGCGGGCAUGGAAUAG